CUUAAUAUCUUCGAUGUAAAUGCAUUUAAGUCAGUCUGCUUUUGGUUCGCGAAUAGAGAAGAUCAGAGCAAUGAAGCAGAUUAUUAUACUAGUGGUAUUGUCGAUAUUCAUCAGGACAGCCUAUUCGGCAGAAUGCGUGGGAGAAGAAUGUCAAUCCCAGUGUGCAAGUUACUGCUUUGGAGUUUUGAAUCCUUGCAUGUCGAACCUGGCAAAUCUACAGAGAAGAACGGAAGCCUGUGAAGCAGCUGUUGCUAUAGCGAGAAUAGCUCUGAACGAUCGAAGACUAGAUACCUUUGCUUCUCCAUUAAACAUGCAACCUGAAAAGAAAAACACUUCACAACUGCUAUUAGAAGCCCAGCCCGAAGCCAGGAAAUUGGUUUUAAACGAUCAUUUUAAGCAACUGGGAAGCAAAUACUAUUAUAUCGAAAAAGAAGUGAAGCUUAAUUGGUACGAAGCUCUGGAGAAAUGCCAAAGAAUGGGUGCUCAUUUGGCCAGUUUGCAAAAUCAGGAAGAGUUGGAUGCCUUCAACACCCAAUUUGAUGGCCUGAAUCGCUACUGGAUCGACGUGACUAGUCAGUUUAAGGAUGACGAGUUUAUAUCUAUAACCAAGGGAUCAAAAGCUAAUUUCCUAAGUUGGGCAGAGGGUGAACCCACUAAGGAUGGAAAGUGUGUGGAUUUACAAACAGUUAAGGGAAAAACUACCAUGAACGAUAAUAUUUGCACAGUAAAACUUCUCUUCGUUUGCGAGAAACCUGUCCAACAAUAAAAAAGGAUUAGAGUUGCAUAAAUUGUAGAAAGUCAUUCUGUUCUUAAAGUCAAAAGCAAGCUUCCCUUUACAAAAUAAGACUAUAAAGAUUUAUUUCUAUUUGAAAAGAUAAACAAGUAUCCCCUGAUGUAUCAUUUCAUAUCACAAUACAUAAUCUAUAAUCAA